CGCGUAUGAGCCGGAGCGACCUCACUGUUUUCAAGGUUUUCUGUGGAGGUUGUUGGACGGGACAGCGGAGCAUCGACUGAGGUUUCCGGCUCUUCGCUCUACUUCCCCAUCUCAGAGAUGCUGCCCUGCUUGCGGAGAGUCCUGCGGCCUGCCUUCUCUCUCAGAGCCGGGACUGGUCUGACCGGAGCCGCGCUCAAAACCCACCAAACGCCCGCCCUAGCGUCCCCGCUGCAGCUCGCCUCGGAGACCCCGCUCUCCGUGGUGGUGCAGCGGUGUCACCUGGGCACACACCCCCUGAAGGAGCCGAUGGAGCCCCUCAACUCACCCCGAGGAGCCAAGGAGUUUAUUUAUAGCCUUCAUCCGUCUGAGCGCACCUGUCUGCUCAGAGAGCUGCACAGGUUCGAGUCCAUAGCUAUUGCUCAAGGACAGCUGGAAAUUGCACCACCCACUGCAGCACAGUUAAGAUAUGUUCUGCUGCACAAUGCACUCCCAUUCGUUGGAUUUGGAUUCCUGGACAACUGCAUCAUGAUUGUUGCUGGCACACAGAUUGAGUUAUCAAUCGGCGUGGUUCUCGGCAUUUCAACUAUGGCAGCUGCUGCGCUGGGCAACCUGGUAUCAGAUCUGGCAGGACUGGGGCUGGCAGGUUAUGUAGAAGCGUUGGCGUCUCGGUUGGGGAUGCAGAUUCCUGACCUGAGCCCAAAACAGGCUGAUAUGUGGCAGACAAGAGUCAGCUCUCACACGGGUAAAGCCAUCGGCGUGGGCAUCGGCUGCAUCCUCGGUAUGUUUCCCCUCCUCUUCUUCAAGGACGAGGAUGAGAAGAAAGAAGGCCAGGCGGAGGUGAAGGAGCAAACGCAGUCGUCACCUGCUCCAACAGAGAGCAGCAAAAACUGAGGCGAGGCUAGAGACAGCUACUAUUCAGAAUCCGUUUGAAUGCUUGACUUAAUCUGACGCCGACUGCUCUCGCCUUGUGCGCUGGAGCGUAUGGAAAUAUCAGUGAACUCCAUACGGUCCAAUCGCACGGCUCAGUCGAACUAUCGGAGGUAUUCUGAAGAGGAUUUUAGAUAAUAUUCGAUCACAAACUCUGAACUUAAGCACAGGAGGCUCGUCAUCUCUCGAAGAAACGACUGCUGCUACCUGAUCCCGUAACCUCACUUCGUCUCGACUGACCGACACGGUCAUUUGUCUAAGACACCUCCUCUAACCUCUGACUAUAGAUGGCUAGAUCGCAUAUAGGUUAACUGACAGCUUCAUGCAACCCCUGAAAUAUUAUAGGAGAAAACACAGUUAGAGCUCAGUCGUGUUAUAAAGUUCUUGUUUUCUGUCAGAAAUCUCGAAAACCUUACAGGGAAGACGGAACGAAGUCAGUUUAAACACCCUUUCCGUGUUUCCUUGUCAGUUUUUGGUGGUUAUAAACCAAGAACACAGUGUCUUCAGUUCCUAAAGCAUGUAAGCUUCUGGAUUUGAGCAAGUCCUGCCUCAUCCACAGACCUUGACAACUAGUCCGCUACAGGUAGUUAAAUCUGUAACACCUGAAAGCUUCUUCUUCUCCUCAGUGAUGCACUGCAUAUGCGCACCUCUGCCAAAGGGUUCACACAAAUCACUGAAGAAGUUAAAUGUAUUUAAAAGUCCUACAAAAUAUUUUAAAGAAGAGGCAGAAGGAGGAAGAGACGAUGAAGUACAAACCGUGGAUCAGCUGGAUCCUCUUUCCUCAUUUGCACUGAUCCUCCGGUUCAUAUGUCCGUAUUUGCACCCACUGGACGAAAUACAAUAUAUCCCCCUCAGAGGUGAGAUGAUAUUCAGCCUCUUCUGAAAACAGCCACGCGUAGAGGUGGAGGUUUGGGGGGAGAUGAAUGUUAUUUUGCAUAACGUGACUGCUGUAGUGUUUUCAUUUUGUGAGAUUAACUGUUACGGUGUGUGCAGACGGGCUGCAUUUCUUCCUGUCCCUCACUUCUAUUGUGUGUUACUGCCCUCCGCUGGCCGAUAGACGGAGAUCUAGUUGUUUUCUUUCAACUUGGUGGACCUGCUACGACCCCCCCUUCCCCCUCCCCGUACACAGGCUAUAAUUCACCACAGCUCCCACAAACCUUAGCUGCUAGUCUCCCCCGGUUAUAAUUUCCAACUUUCCUCACAUCGCUCAUCACCCUGUAAUUAUUUUUCUGAAUGAUUCUCCUUCAGGAGCCGCACUGAAGAAGUGUUUAGAAAUAUACGAGAGGCAGCUCUGCGUCACAGCAAAUGUAUUUAUUUUGUUAUAAUAGACUGGUAUUCAUGUACGUUUGUAUUGUGUUUCUUCUCUAUCUCAAAAGGGCCGUGAAAAUAUUUAUCAGCACAAAAUAUACCUGAGUGAGUAUAUUUUAGCAGCUUUCUAUGCCAUGAAGGACCCAGCGGCUGACCGCUUUAUGUUACAUGAACUCACUACGCUUGUUCUAAAAAGACUAAGGAGACCCUGUAUACCCUGUAUAUGACUGUUUUCAAUAUUUACUGCGUGGGUAAGAGUGAUCCUGAAGAAUGAUAAUAAUGAAGAAAAUGAACGCGUACAUAUAUGUAGCUAGGAUUUUUGAGUUUUUUAUCUUGAUUGCUUGAUAUCCACCUUGCAUGCACUGUUAAUAAAAAGAAACCUUAAUUUAAAAAAACAGUAUGUUGUAAGGUUGUGCAUCACAGCAGGAUGUGACUCACUGGUGGAGGAUAAAGGAGAGGUAAAGUACUCCGGCUGGAAUAAGAUGCACAAGUUAUUUAAAAUAAAUAAAAACUAUUUUGUGGCCA